CGUGUUUCCAGUAGUGCCUGUUGCGGUUCAUUGUAGCACGUCUUGCGUUCCAACCGCUACGUGGCACUGAAGUCUUUAAAAUUUAAUUGGCGACCACGUGAAUUUCUAGAAUGGCUUUGAUUAAGCAGAAUGGAAAACUCAUUAUUAUUUUUUAGACUCCCAUACGUAGUAGUACUGCUUCUUUAAAAUACAGAGCCGUGAUAGUAAAUUGUGCAUAGCUGUUAAGAUUUCGGGUGGUCCUGCUCUAGGAAGAAGAGUGGGAGUAAAAGACAGAACUUUGAUGUGACCAAACAUAGACGAUGUUUGAGUGUUGGUUGGUGAGUAAGGAUGGAAAACAUGGUCGAAUAAGGCUCCCUCAUGCAGAGACUGUGGUAAUUGGCCGAGGGCCAGAGACACAGAUAACAGACAAGAAAUGCUCUAGACAUCAAGUGCAGCUUAUGGCUGAUUGCAAUAAAGGUUAUGUGAAGGUGAAACAGAUGGGGACUAACCCAACAAGUAUUGAUGGUGUGGACAUUGGAAAUGAACACAAAGUGGAACUGAAGCCUGGUCACACCUUGUAUAUAGUGAAUAAUCUUUACCCAUAUAUGAUAGAAUUUUUGGAAGGAUCAACAAAUCCACGAGCCAAAAUAGAAAAUGAAAACAGAAGCUCAAGCAAGAGGACACCAGAAAACUCGCUAAAUGUGGACACGGAAACACCUAGGAAAUUGGUGAAAAAAGAAUCAAAUGUCAGUCCUUCCAGUAGCAGUGGAAAAAUCAGCAGCUGCCCAACUCAAGGGAAAUCUAAUGUACAGGAGGUUAAAAGCCAAGGCCAUUGGAGCCAAGGUUUAAAGGUUUCCAUGCAGGACCCAACUAUGCAGGUCUUUAAGGAUGACAAAAUUGUGGUGAUCAAGGACAAAUACCCCAAAGCACGGUACCACUGGUUGGUUUUGCCAUGGCAAUCAAUAGCAAGCCUUAAGGUUUUGAGAGCUGAACAUCUGGAACUAGUGCAGCAUAUGGACGCUGUGGGACACAAUAUAGCAAGGGAGCACACCAAUUCAAAAUGUGCACCAUUUAGGUUUGGUUACCAUGCCAUUCCAAGCAUGAGUCAUGUUCAUUUACAUGUUAUCAGCCAAGACUUUGAUUCACCUUGCCUUAAAAACAAAAAGCACUGGAACUCUUUCACUACUGAUUACUUUUUGGAAUCCCAAGCUGUGAUUGAAAUGUUAAAGACACAUGGCAAAGUGAACGUCAAAGAAAGAAUAUCUGAUGUUCUGAAAACUCCUCUUCUGUGCCACAUGUGCAAGAAGGAGCAAGCAACUAUGCCUCAAUUGAAGGAACACUUGAAGAAGCAUUGGCCAACAUAACAAUAUAAUCGUGGUCCUGGUUCAUAGAAACUUUUGCUAAUACAAAAGACUACCUUCACUAGUUCAAGUAUACCCUUUUUUUGGUUAUUUCCAUUAGCUAGAGCUUAUGUUGUUUGGUUAGUUACAAGCUGAUACUAAGAAGUAGACAAUUCUCUACAAGCAGUUGUGGCACAUUGUAAUCUUUGUUUUUUUAGCUAGAGAUAUGCCUGUAUGCAGCUACUCUAGUCAAUCAAUUGCUUCAAUAGAAUCCACCUGUCGCUAGACGGAUGUCUGGCAUAAGAUGCUUAAAUGUGUUUUCUGGUCAAAAUCCAUAUGUCAUAUCUAGGAUCUUUUCCAUUCCAAUUAAAUAAAUAACUGAGCAGCCACAUUGGGGUGCUUCCUUUGCUGGUUGGAAACACAGACAAAUAAUGUAUAAUAAGCAAAGACAUGAAGAACAUGAACAGAGGACAGACAAUACAAAUUCCUGAAGUGUCACCCUUUAGCUGCAAAAUGUGUUAUUGGAGUCGGUAUUUGAGACACUACACAACAGGUUUGCUUUCCAUUAGCAAUACUAAAGUUCCCCAUAUUAAACUAUCAAUGUUCCAACGGUUGCAAUGUCAGCCAAGCCAUCCUAGCUGCUCACACCUAACCCCAGGCUUUAGCCUGAUGAGGUUUUGCUCCUCUUCUGUUGUUGUUACAGGUUUAAUAAUAUAAAUAAAAUAUAUUUAGACAAUGCACCCAUUAGUAUUUAUGCCAGUGUUAAAAUGUCACCUGAGUUUGAGUAAUUUACAGUUUCUGCUUUAAAUUUACAUUGAGCAGAGUAUAACAUUGCAGGCUCUAUGAACUACCCAACUUGAAACUACUGCUAACCCACUUUUUACAUUAGGUGCCAAUUGCGCAUGAACAGAAUGUUAACCAUAUGUGACAGGCAGUGGUUAACCUUACUAAAAAGCCACUAGGAUGUGCUUUGUUGAAAAGCAUUUCCCACUCCACUAAAACUAAAGGCAGCAUUGAUCACUGUUGUACUCUUAAUAUAAUUGUCUUGUGCCUGUCAGAGCCCACCCAGAUGGAAUCAGAUAUUAUUGAAGAGCUAAAGAUUCUCACAAUAACAGUUUACAAGAAAGACAGCAAUGUAGAUCAAAUAAAUCUUUAUUAAGGCAGUACAUUGUGAAGGGACCAUCUUCAUAUUAAGUUUCCAUUGGAUGUUCUUAUUAAAGUGGACCUGUCACCCAGACACAAAAAUCUGUAUAAUAAAAGUCCUUUUCAUAUUAAA